AUGGGUAAAAAUUACGCAGGUGUGCUGAUAUUCUUUCUUGUUACUCUGACGGUGUUUGGACCAACGAAAGCUCCAUGUACCUGCUCAUUUUAUAAAUACUGUAGAUGUGUGAUGCUGAACCUCACUAGCAUUCCACAGAAACUACCGAUACCACGUGCAGAAUCCUUGUCUUUGACACACAAUCUGAUCACUACUUUAGAUCAGUCCGAUUUCUCACAGCACGGCUUGAGACGUUUAGACAUGGGAAACAACAAAAUCAUCACAAUUAAUAACAACGCAUUCUAUUCCUUGUCAAAUUUGACAUCGUUAACCCUUAACAGUAACUUAUUAACAAAGCUUAAACCGAACAUGUUUACGGGGUUACGUAAUUUGGAUAUCCUACGAGUGAAUGAUAAUGACAUCAUUGAUAUUCAGGCCGGAACGUUUGCUACGAUGCCCAAACUAACAAACUUGCAACUGUCCAGGAACAAGCUAACACGUCUAAGAUUUAACAUGUUUAAAGGGUUAGAAAAUUUGACAACAACUUGA